AUGAAAACGGACAAUGUUUCGGGUAUCACAAGAGAGCAGCGGUCUCAGAAGUUCAUGGAGCAGAUGCAGUUGAAGCAUGACGAACGUAUGCUCACUGAAGGUGCUGCAGCUGCCUGGAAGGCAAUGGAAGUGGCGUUGCAGAGCAGUUCAAGAUCUGGUACAGAAGUAAUAGGAGAUAUUGACAGUGGUUGGUUUGGAGAAGAGAGAAGGUGGAGGUCCUCACGAACACUGCAGAAACUGUGCGUUCUAAUGAUCAAACUAAUAAUGAUUGCACCACCCUCAAGUCUUUUCAAAUGUGAAACAUGUGAAGGAGACGAAGGGAGACUGCAUGCUGUCUGCGCGGACGGUAUAUGGUCUGGUUAUCAGAGAAAAUGGCGAAGAACGUUUGUCAACGUUUCUGAGACUUGUCAGGCAUUAAAGCCGUCUAAGGCAUCGUCGCAUUCUAUGAAGGCGAUCAAGAGACCGCUGAUUGGCUUGCUUCGUAAGGAACAGACAGGGAUGUUUCUAAUUGAUGCUAUAAAAGGCGAUGCAGUUACUGUCACAAAUAGAACGUUACCGGCAGUUGUUGGAGCUAUUCGUCUCAUAUCACCUCAUUUGCUUCCUGUCAACUAUCUCGAUGAAUCCUUAACGGGGAGAAGCCCUAACGACAAAGACGACAUUGGCAUAAGCGUAGCGAGUCGCCUCCGAGAUCUCAUUUGCUGUUGCUUCAGUCAAAGAGAGCUGUGUGAGCGGCUCUGUCGUGCCUUGCUAUUGUAUCUGAAAAAACGUCAACGUGGAACACAUCCUUCUCGAAAGAGACGCAAGAGUUCUCGUAAUGAUGAUCUGGGAAGGACUGGGACAGCAUCCCUUCAGAGUGGACAUUCUUCAAAUGUUGUUGCAACAGAUUCUGAAGUGAUGACUGCCAUUAUUGGCUUCUUGGCCUCACACAAUGGUUUGGAAGCAAAUAAUGAGACUGACCGGGAAGGAAAGUGCUGGUCCAAGGCAUUUAUGAACUCAUCUCUGGGCAGUGGUCUUUGGGGUCGAGAACGGAUCUGUUUCUUCUCAUCAGAUAUCUCAUUCAGUCACCUUGCACGCAGAUGGUUACACGGAAGCAAUUGGCAAGCCUGCGUGUCGUAG